CAAAUUAGCUUCCAUGUUGUUGGCUUCCGCACUGCGACAUUUUGGUUCUCACACUGCAUGCAAUGAUGCACAGGCAAGCUGAGAUUGAAGCUGAGAGAAUUGGUGUUGGUGUCACCCCAGAAGCUCAAAGAUUAUUUGAUGCAUUGUCGAAGACGCUUCCAGUUCAUUGGGACAAGACCGACAUUGUUGUAAUGAAGGAGGUUCGUGUAUGCAGUCCCUACCUGCCUGAAAAUGUCAGCGGCGGAACAUCAGCUGCUAAUGAACGGGUUAAGAAAGUGCUGGACUUUGAGAGGAAAAGACAACAUGUGCGUGUACCUGGCCAAUUCUAACUUGUUCGACUUGACAAUUUUCCACCUCAACUCCUGCUGUGAUCUGUUUCUAAAUCCGACCUUAUUCGUCCAGUUUCAUCAGUUGAAUUUUCUAAAAAUCUGUUUCAGCAUGCCGUUCUCACAAACUACCACACUAGCAAGCUUAUUGAUACUCUGCUAUUAGAUGCCGUAUGUGGUGGUGAAUAAUUGCAGCACGCCGUGCUGAUAAUUCUGUGGCUGAUAGUGAAAGGUUGUGUGGCUGAAGCAAACUAAGGAAAGAAAAUAGAUUGGUGGCACUGAAAGAAUAGGAAGUUGUAUUAACAACUAAGAAAAGAUGCGGAGCAAAGCCAAAACUGAAAAUUAGUCUCUCAGACUUUGUAUUACUCUUCCUGGUGGAAUAAUAUUUCCAGCUUGUGAUGUUGUA